UGAUUCCUUAACUAGUUUGAUUUCCUGCCGCUCCUCACAGUUAAACCGCCUUCAGGUGUUGCAACGCAGUUGCCUGUGACAGUUGAGCGUGGAUUGUGAGAAUUUGGUGGGUUUCGGCUCGAUUCGAGUGAUACACACAAUUCUGCUUCCUGGUCAGAGCCCUCAAGAUGAAUCAUUUCUCGAUGAUGAUCGUGGCAAGCGGAGUUUUGAUGUUGGCAUCACUGCUAAUUGUUGACACAGCCUCCCCAGCGGAGUGUAUUAAAGAUAGUCACACAUGCAUACACAAGUCGGAGUGUUGCAGUGGCUGUUGUGUAGAGGAGAAGUGCGCGCCAUUUUCAGAUGACUGCAAUGCUGCCCAUAGUCCGUGCUCCGUGCACGAGUGUCCGCCAGGCAAGCAGUGCUACUUGCAGCAGGUGCAGUGUGUGGCAGCACCGUGUCUGCCGGUACCAGCCUGCAAGGACCAGGACUAUGAUGACUACAACUGAUGCAUCACGGCGCAGAAGAUAAAGGAUGAAAUGCAGACGUUCCCAUAACCAUUUCUUCGAGAGACGCCAUUCAAGUGGUAUAGCACUCUGGUGUUGGUUUCAAGAAGUAGUCGUGAAACUGGCAUUUGAUUUCAGUGUUCUUUCAAAGUUACCAGUCAGUUCUACUUGCAAGACACUCAACUGUUUUAAUUCCCCACAUAUUCCUCUAUUUUCAGCACAGUGUCAGCACUGUAUAAUCUCCUGAAACUCUUUAAGCCUGUCCUGCCAUAUGUUGACAGUUUCAAGUAUCUAGUUGCAGUGUGUACAUUUCAUUUAUAAGUUACCAUGAAUGCGUGAAAUAAAAGAAUAUAACCGUAA